CUUCUCGACUAGUACACAUUGAGAAAGCCUCGUAACCGCGUGGCUCGCUCUCGGUCGUGUCGUUGUCGCUGAUUGCAACAUCGUAGCUGCACACUAAGCAACGAUUCUCUUGCAUUCUCAACUUUUUUCCUCGCUCGAAGCGAACUAUAUAACCCCGAAUUGUCAGUCGUCGAGUAUACAUACGCAUACGCAUAUCGGGCAACAACGUCGGUUCAUACGUAGCGAGUUCACGUUCACCAACAAAUCCUUGUGUGUGAUCAGAGUAUCCGCAUCAAAUUGUCGGGUCUUUGUGGCAGCGUGCGCGCAUCAUGUUAAUAAGUUUCCGUCGGAUUAUUCUUGUCGAUGAUGUCGAAGCAGUUUCAACAGCAGCAGCCUCAGUCGAUUUUUCGGUAUUAGGAUCGUUCAAUUGUGUCAAGAGUAGCAAUCGAUGCAUCGCCAUCAACAGUGUUUUAGCCAACAGUAUACGAAGGAAAAUUAACAGUGCUAGACAUUUACCCUCUUGAUCGAGGCGUUCUACUUAGGCUCUUUCAUCUCUCUCUCUCUCUCUCUCUCUCUUUCUGUCACUCACGCAUUACAAAUUCAUUCUAUUUUUUCUCUCUUCUCUCUUACUUUAACUCGUUAUAGCAAGUUUACCUCGUCAAAUUCUAGUGCAAUCGGCUAAAUACAGCCGCAAAAAUAUAGUAAGCUUUGCAUACAUAUAACGUUCACUCAUCAUAAUCAUAAACGCAUAGUCAAGAAAAUUACGCCGAGACAACGUCGUAGGAUCGUACACCGAAUUAUCAUCCAAAUAAAACGUUGGAAUUUUCAAGAUGCCAGGCAAAGGCAAAAGAAGAAAAGCUGGUAGGCGUAACCAUCCUGACUCUGAUGACGAGUCUGUGACGGAUACUGGUAGCUACAUUUCGGGCUCGGACGCUCAUAGUGUCCUGGACGAGGGUAAUGAUAACAACGAGGUCGAGGAAAUUUACGAACAGGACUCUUACAAUGAUGAAAUUGACGGCCUUACGUCCAAAAGUGCCCAGAGCCGAGUGUCCCACUUCCGUAAGGUCGGCAAGUCUUUUACCGACAAAUAUGUGCCGGAUUUCAUUGAAGAUCGAAAGUUCACCCUCACAGACGCCAUUGAAAGAAGCUUGAAAAAAGGCAAGGGAGAGGAACAAAGUACUGCAGCUAAACUGAGUACCUUGAUGUGUGCACAAUUGGGCGAUUAUGCUGAGGAUGUAUAUAAAGAUCUUAAACCAACAAUGACUAAAAUUGCCAAUGAUAAUGCAGCCUCGAUUGCUGGUAGAUCUGAGUGCUGCUGGUCUCUUAGCAUGAAUCAAUUUUUGUCCGGCAAAGAUCUUAGCGAAUUUUUAGAGUUAAGUCAGCUAUUAUCAAAUGUAUUUGCUGGUUCUUAUUUGAAAGGAAAUGGUGCAAUGGCAAAAGUUACACCUGAACUUGCUGUACUCCAUGCUGCUGCAAUUUCAUCUUGGACUUUACUUUUGACAACAAUGAAUUCUGGUGACAUAAAUAAUUUACUGAAGAGUGCACAAACAAAUACCUCUAUGCCAUCUCUUGAUCAAUUAAGUGGAUUGCUUCAAUCACCUCAUUUAGAUGUGCGUAUGACAGCAGGUGAAGCAUUGGCUGUAAUUUUUGAGUUGGGACGAAAUUAUUCAGAAGAUUAUGAGCAAGAUUGGGCCGAAGAAUUAGUUGAAUCUUUGAAAGAAUUGGCCACUGAUUCAAAUAAAUUUAGGGCUAAAAAAGAUAAAACUAUUCAGCGAGCUACCUUCAGAGAUAUUCUGCGUUACAUUGAAGAAGAUAUUACUCCAGAAACUCAAAUUAGAUUUGGAAAAGAAACAUUAUUUUUGGAAGGAUGGUGUGCUCGCACUCAAUACAAUGCUUGUUGCAGAUUACUUGGUCCUAGCAUCAACAUUCAUUUGACUGAAAAUCAAGUGCUUAGAGAUGUGUUUAAUCUUGGCAACAAAAUCGUUGAACCUAUUGGAGAUCCAACAAAAAAAGUCCCUAAAUUUCAAAAAACUUUGAUGAAUGCUGCAGCUUUUAAAGCUCGCACUAAAAUCAGAAACAAAUGCAGAAGUAAGCGCUCAGCCGAUUUGGCGGACGAAUUUUAAUUAUUUAUCAUGACACGGUAUUGAUGUACAUUUUUUACUUUUUGGAUCAUUAAAACAAAAAUUUACUUUUAUGUUACUUUUUUCAUUAUUGGCAUUCGAAAUUAAUUGAAUUAUAAUUUAAUAUUAGUCAUGUUGUUCUUGGUACAUAAUUAGUGCAUAUUUCAAGAGCAAGAACUUCAUGAUAAAGAAUGUAAUAAACUGAUGUAAUUGAGUUUAACUUUCAUUUAAAAAUGUAGCAUAAUGAUACAUAUUUAAUACUUUUGUAAUCUAAAGAUACACAUCAGAAAAGAUGUGUAUAAUUUAUAAUUGUAUAUAUAUCACAAAAAAAAAUUUAUCAGGUUUUUAAUAUUUUGAUUGAUAAAUAGGUAAAUUGUGUUAAGUUUUGGACACGUAAAAUUGUUGAUUUGUUUGUGAGAUUGAGUAGACAUCGUUUUCCAGUUUUAGAAAAACUUUGACAACGUUAAUUUUCACAUUGCUUUUUAUUUAGUCAAGUAUGUAUGCUCAGCAUUUAUAGACAAAAUAUUAAAUUUAAUAUAUUAUUAUACACUGUAUGUAAUAAAUCCAAUAAAAAUAAAAAA